CUUUCUGGAACGCGCGGCGCCCGCCGUCUGCGCGGCCCGAGUCGUUCCGGAAAGUGCCGAAGCCGGAGCCGGCGCCCGGCGGACAGCCCGGCGGGCGGCACAGCGCGCCUGCGCAGAGGCGAGGAGGCGCCGGUUGGUGGCCGGUGCUCCGCAGUGGCACAGAGGCGGCGGCGGCCGGUCCCAGCAGCGCAGCGCGGCGGUCGCAGGGCGGCGGGGAGCACCCAGCGCAGUCAUGUCUGUGGUCGGCAUCGACCUCGGCUUCCUCAACUGCUACAUCGGCGUGGCGCGGAGCGGCGGCAUCGAGACCAUCGCUAACGAGUACAGCGACCGCUGCACCCCAGCAUGUAUAUCUCUAGGAUCCAAGACGCGGGCCAUUGGGAAUGCAGCGAAGAGCCAGAUCGUUACAAAUGUAAAAAAUACAUUGCAUGGCUUCAAAAAGCUGCAUGGAAGAGCAUUUGAAGAUCCCUACAUACAAGCUGAAAGGGCCAAACUUCCUUAUGAACUUCAGAAGAUGCCGAAUGGCUCUGUAGGAGUAAAGGUGAGAUACCUGGAUGAAGAGAGGCUGUUUGCAGUAGAACAAAUUACGGGAAUGUUACUGGCCAAACUUAAAGAGACUUCAGAAAGUGCUCUGAAGAAACCAGUGGCAGACUGUGUUAUUUCAGUACCAAGUUUUUUCACUGACACGGAGAGAAGGUCUGUAAUGGCAGCUGCUCAGAUUGCAGGAUUAAAUUGUCUGAAGCUAAUGAAUGAAACUACAGCAGUUGCACUAGCCUAUGGGAUAUACAAGCAAGAUCUGCCAGCCUUGGAAGAGAAGCCAAGGAACGUGGUCUUUGUAGACAUGGGGCAUUCUGCGUAUCAGGUUUCAAUCUGUGCUUUUAACAAGGGAAAACUGAAGGUCUUAGCUACUACCUUCGACCCUUUCUUAGGUGGCAGGAAUUUUGACGAGGCUUUGGUAGACUACUUCUCUGAAGAAUUUAGGACAAAAUACAAACUGAAUGUAAAAGAGAAUCCCCGAGCACUGCUCAGAUUGUAUCAGGAAUGUGAAAAACUAAAGAAGCUUAUGAGUGCAAAUGCUUCUGACCUUCCACUGAAUAUUGAGUGCUUCAUGAAUGACCUUGAUGUCUCCAGUAAGAUGAACAGAGCUCAGUUUGAGCAGUUGUGUGCUGCCCUUCUGUCCCGUGUGGAGCCUCCUCUAAGAGCAGCCAUGGAACAAGCUAAACUUCAGCGUGAAGAUAUCUACGGUAUAGAAAUAGUCGGUGGGGCUACUAGAAUUCCAGCAGUGAAGGAACAGAUCUCUAACUUUUUCUGUAAAGAAAUAAGCACCACACUAAAUGCUGAUGAAGCUGUUGCAAGAGGCUGUGCCUUGCAGUGUGCAAUUCUUUCCCCAGCUUUUAAAGUGCGGGAAUUUUCCAUCACUGAUGUUGUUCCAUAUUCCAUAACUUUGAGAUGGAAAUCAUCUUACGAAGAAGGAACAGGGGAAUGUGAAGUCUUCAGUAAGAACCAUGCUGCUCCGUUCUCAAAAGUAAUUACUUUUCACAAGAAAGAGCCUUUUGACCUGGAAGCUUUCUACACCCAUCCGCAUGAAGUGCCUUAUCCUGAUUCCAGAAUAGGGCGUUUCACUAUUCAAAAUGUUGGUCCCCAGCAUGAUGGCGACAACUCCAAAGUGAAAGUUAAAGUGCGUGUCAAUAUUCAUGGCCUUUUCAGCGUAGCUAAUGCUUCUAUAAUAGAAAAGCAGAACAUUGAGGGAGAUCACAGUGAUGCACCGAUGGAUACUGAGUCAUCAAUUAAGAAUCAGGGCAGAGAGGAUGAGCUGGAUAAAAUGCAGAUUGAUCAAGAUGAAGGUGUUCAGAAAAGUCAAGCUGAACAGCAGAGCCAAGCAGAUGAGGAAACCGAAAACGCAGGAAUUGAAACAAAGGCUUCUUCUGGAGACAAGCAAGAUCAUCCAAGCCUGCCGAGGGCUAAAACAAAAGUUAAGAGUAUUGACCUACCUAUCCAAGCAAGCCUCUAUAGGCAACUGGGACAAGAUCUUAUCAAUUGUUAUAUAGAAAAUGAGGGUAAAAUGAUAAUGCAGGAUAAGCUGGAGAAGGAGAGGAAUGAUGCUAAGAAUGCAGUAGAAGAAUAUGUGUAUGACUUCAGAGACAAACUGUGUGGAGUCUUUGAGAAGUUCAUCACUGAAGAAGAUACAAACAAGCUGACCUUGAUGUUGGAAGACACAGAAAACUGGCUUUAUGAAGAUGGAGAGGACCAGCCAAAGCAAGUCUACAUGGAUAAACUUCAGGAACUAAGAAAAUUUGGACAGCCUAUUCAGGAAAGGUACAUGGAACAUGAGGAGAGACCAAAAGUUUUAAAUGAACUGGGGAAGAAGAUUCAGCUCCUUAUGAAAGCAGUAGAAGCGUACAAAAAUAAGGAUGAAAAAUAUGAUCACCUAGAUCCUGCUGAGAUGGAAAAAGUUGAAAAAUACAUUAGUGAGGCUAUGAACUGGUUGAACACCAAAAUGAAUGCACAGAACAAACUAAGUCUAACUCAAGAUCCCAUUGUCAAAGUGGCAGAAAUAAUGUCAAAAUCAAAGGAGUUGGAUAGCUUCUGUAAUCCUAUUAUAUACAAGCCCAAACCGAAGAUAGAACCUCCCAAUGAUGGGCAGUCAAAAGCUAAUGGUGAACACAAUGGACCAGUGAAUGGACAGAGCAGUACUGAAACAGGACCUGAUCCAGCGAAGGACAAUUCUCAGCAGACCAAACCAUCUGGAGAAAUGGAAGUGGACUAAAUAUUGCAUUUCUGUUACUUAAAUAGUGCACAGGGUCCAUUCUUUUGGUACACACCUCAGAUGUUCAGUUAUUCUUAGCCAACCUUCUGUCAUUUGUUGCUGAGUAGUUUUGGAAGUGUUUCAUAUUAAGUACACCUCUGAUGUUUGUUUCCACUGAUGCUGCUUAUGUGGAGCUUUAGCCAAAUGUAGAUUGUAUAAGUCAGUUUAAGCUUUCCCAAUAUAUUUUAUAUCAAAACAUACAGAAUUGAUAUAUAAAUGGCAACAAUCUACCUUAUUUAAAGCUUUUAUUGUGGAUAAACCUCAGCUCCUUUAUUCAGGAAAGGAUACUGUAUUGCACUACUGAUGCUCAAGUGUAGAUCUGAUUGCAUCUUUAUUUUGGAAAAAUAUUGGAAUUGAAGUGGCAACACUUGUCACUUGAAGCACUGACCUUUUCUAGUUAUUGUAUUGUUAUAAUUUAAAUAUUAAAAUAGAGGUUAGUUGGCAUACUAGUCCAUCUUGUUGAUGUACCAUGACAACUGUAUGGUCUCCUUCAUAUAAACUAAUACAAGCAUAAACAUUUUUUUAGAUUCCCAUACCACUAAUAAUCUUAGUUAGAAAAUACCAGCAUAAUGGCUCUGCCAUUUGCUGAAAUUAAGUGAAUGGUCUCAUUGCACAUUGCUGUACAUAAUGGACUGUGCUUAUAGGAUGAUGCUAAUGAUAAUAGUAUCAAGUGGUAGAAUAUACAAGGACCUGCAUAGCUUUCCCUUGAAAAUGUCUUGCUGCACAUGUUACCCUUUCCACUUGGUUUGUUUUGAAUGAAAUCUACAUCUUGAUUGCAUAUCAUGCUGGGGAUGAGAAACAGCAGAAAUUGUGCUGUGUGAGCUGGAUUUUGGCCUAAUGUUGAGGUUGCUUAAAUGCUGUCUAUUGCAAACUUGAAAAAAUACUAAGCGCUUAUUUAAGCCAUGGUACUUGGCAUUUUGAUCCUUUUGAUCAAGGAUCUAAACAGAAGAGUAUGCAAACUGGAUAUUACUACUCUAAGGAUAAAAAUCUACUUGAUGAAUUUGCAUAGCUUAUCAGUUAUCCUUGCUCAUUUACUUGAUCUAAUGGAAGUGUCUAUUAUGUAUUAUACAGCUGAGUCACUAGUUUCUUUGAUCUGUCUUGGACGUCAUCAAGAUCCAGUGUACAUUCAUAUAUACUGAAUGUUUCAAGCCAGUCACAGUGGUACUGUAGCACUUGUUAAAACAAGCCAGUUUUCUUUUGCUUGGAACAACUCUGUUACCAGAAUAGAAAUGCACUACUUUAUGGAAAAUGGUUUUUAGCCAAGUUAGCAUAAUUGACUGGGAUGAGUUGCAGUGUAACACUUCAGUGACUCGAACUUUGUUGCAGAAACAGAUAUAACUGUUAAGGCAUCACAUAACCUCGCUGCUGCUGUAAGCAAGCAAAGGUCGUGCUCUUGCUUGCAGUUCUGGCAGCCGUUUUAUUUUCCACCAUGCCCUUGAUAUUUCACCACUGUUCCUGCUGUGGCCUCUGGCUCAGUCUGUGGCUGAUAGAGGUGAGAGGUACUUGGCACCAUCAUCACAGAAAAAGGAAGCAUCAUAUACAGCUACUAAACUAACUCGAGUGCUAGAGUCGUACCUUCAUGAGUGACACAAGUGACUGACACAUAAACAGCUCCCCUAACACUGUUUACAUAUUGGAAGCCUUUGAACAAAAAUGGAAUGGUGUUGAACUGUAGCUGCUCUGCAAUCUCAGUCUUGAUUUCCUCUGAUGUAAUUUACACGUUUGGCACCAGAGUGGUGAAUGUACUUCGGUGCCAGUUGUCCCUAGUGUAAGUCAGUAUGUGACUGGGCAAACUUUGGUCCUGUAGGCUUUAACAUGAAUAUCUUAAUGGCUUUUCCACAGUAAUGACUAGCAUUCUUAAGUACUGGCUUUCUAAAACCCAUCUGAAGAUUGUUUUGUCAAGUAGACCUGCUGAUACCUGGCAGGUGAAGAGCUUAGACAGUGGGAAUCUUCCGUGCGAGCUCUUCAAGAACUGGAGAUGGAAAUGUCAUAUGUAAGAAAAAAAUCUUUAUUAUGCUCUUGAUGGUUAGAUGUUCAAUACAGUAUUAUAGGUGGUGGAAACCUUCUUUAAACAUGAAGGACAGAGUAAUUCUACAGCUGCUUAUUGUGUUAAGCUUAAAAGCAGGCAUAGAAAAGAGUCUUACUAAAGUUUUAUUAAUAAAAUAGUGAAGGUUUUCGCCAUGUAUCUGCUCUGUCUCUAGAUCCCUGUGGAGAGCUGCCUGCACUCAGCAGGUAGCAACUGGCUGCUGGUCACAAAGUAUGUGUUACAAAUCCCAUUUGUAAGAGCAAACUUGUUCAUACUACAGUGAAGGUAAAAUUAGCAUGUUAACAUGUGACUUGUUAAUCUGUAAUCCGUUAUGAAGAGAAAAACUUCACCAGAACUCAAACAUAGGAUUCGCUACUGCUAGAACCCAUAGGAUUCUCUACUACUAGAACCAUACACAACUUGAACAAGAGGUUUUGCAUGCUGGACUCAAGUGAGUUACCUUGUGGCCUCCCUGGCGGCUCCAGAAUGAAUAUCUUCCAAUGUAACACAACUGUGGUGACUGACAAUAGCGUGUUAUCUUGUGUCUUGUAACAGCUAUUUAUUGCUUACAUCUUUUUUCAUACCUAUUAAUCUUCUGAGAAAACAUACAUCUAAUGUUUGAAAGUGUUCCCUCCAUCUCAUAACAAAACAAACAAAAAAACCAGGAAGCAGCACCGUAAUGGCAAUAGAUUUUUUUUUUUGAGUGGAGGAAAAAAAAAGUCUUCAACUUAUAUAAAAAUCAGUUAUUAAAGAGCAGAACUAUUUCCUUGUGUUUUUCUAGGAUGACCUUUCCUCUUUAACAAGCACCAGUUCUUAUCCCUGCUUGAGCAUUAAUGUCCUUGCUUAACAAACAGCUUUAACAUUGCUUUAACACACAGACUUGCUAGUAACUAUUUUAAAACUGCUUCAUGGCUUGGUUUGCAUGUGUAGCAGGUUUUUUUUGCCAUCACUUAAGCUUUUAUAUCUUCUUUUUAAUCUGACAAAGGAGUUUUAAUAUGGUACACCUGUCUUCCUUGUUUAGUUACUGAUUUGGCUGUGGAUGUCUGAAUUUGAAUGAAGAAUCCUCUCCCUUACCAUUUGAUAGUGCCCUCCUCUUACUAUUUAAAUGCUGCCUUUGGAACAUGCUUAUAAAACAUCAGUAGGCAGUUGGGGCUGAAAUCCUGCAAGCCCUUUGGGUGAAACAUGUAAUGCAAGUUGGAGCUGGGGCUUCACAGGCUUGUGCCCUGUCUGGAGGGGCAGCACUGGGGGGCAGCUGCUGUUACUGACCUGUUCCUUCUGAGGUGAACAGGUCUACACUGACACCAUGCAGUGUGCCUGGUGCCAUUCAGACGGUACCUUUGCUGACCUUGCUUUCAGGGCAUAGUACAAAGGUUUUGUUUGUUCUACUUAAUAGUGAAAGCUGUUAAAUCUAAGCAUACAAACUGUCAGUUGCCUUUAUAUCCGCAGAAUUUGAAAUUAUUUCAUUUUUUGAAACAUCUCAAUAUGUUGAGCUCCUAUUUCUGCUAUAGCUUCUUCCUGUUAAUGUCUUCUCAAAUAUUCCAUAUGAAAAUGUUUUUUGGUUUUUUUCUUUUUUUCCUGUGAGGAUUAUGCUUAAGCAUAAUGUUAGGGAACGGGCUAAGAAAUAGAGACUUUUUUCCUAGGUCUUUGUUGGCAUAGGUAUUACUAAGAAGUUAACAGCUUAGUACUCUGGUUGUCCAUUCAGUGUGAUUACCUGACACCAGUUCUCAGAACCACAAAACCAUGUUCCAGGUACACUGCAUUUUCUGGUUUGGAGUACCUUCCUUGUUAUAGGAAGAGAAGCUCAGUGCAGUUCCUGUAUAGAAGCUUCAGCAUGACCCUCAUUCUCCAAAACAGGGCUUUGAUUGUUGCGUUACUACAUGGCAGUGCUUCAGUGGGCUGAUACAGAGGCCCACUGGAACUGAACUCUAGAUGACCAAACUUGAGUGGUGAAUCAAUAUAGUUGCUAGAAAUACUAAACGCUUACGUUACCUGCUGCUAUCUACACGUUUUCUUGAAACUGGAUGAAAGAAUACUGUUUCACUACCAUUCUCAUUAUUCUACCUUCUUUUUUAGCCUUUGGAGCAUCAGAAAACAGAGGUAGGAAAAAAAUGCAUUGCUUAAUAAAAGCCAUUGACAGCCUUGUAAAUUUUCAUUUCAACUCCAUUAUAGUAUUUGGAGUGGAAAUAAAAAUUCCUGACACACUAGAAAUUGCGUGCUAGCUGACUCCUAUGUGCACACUUAGUUCACUCCAGUUGACCUUGAGGAUAUCAACCAGCUACCAUACAUGUAAGCAACAAGUGAACGCAAUUGAAUGGGACUGUUGGUGCUACGGCAGGAAUUGGCUCAUAAAAUUUACAUGACAGUUGUUAAACGCCAUUUUCUGUCUUCCUUAUGAGAGGAAAACACAUGAAAGUGAAAAGCAGAAAUCACUGCAGUGUGAUACAUGAGGAGUAAUUUAAAUAAAAUGCGGUUAAUGCCCACCAGCCACCCUCAUAAAGUGCUCAAAUGGUUUAAUUAAGUUAGUUGAAAAGGAGUUAGUUACUGAAUGUUGCAUAGUGGGAAAAGUUUGUUUACAUAUUUGGAACAUAUUUCCACAGGAUGGGGGGGAAGAGAUGGGGAUGUUAGAAUUAAAGGCAGUGUUAAGUAUGCAAAAUGUUUACUAUGUAUGUAAAUGGGAUCCUGAUUAGUGACAGAUCAUGUGCAAAUUGACAAUACUCAAUUUAUUUUUGAAUGGCAAUAUAGAUUGUCAAGGUUGUGUAUAAUGAUAAUAAAUAUAUAAAACGCUACUUGAAACAUAAA